GAGGGACGUUGGUGGAGGCUGCGCUCCGUGCGGGGCUGUAAUAAUAAUAGCGCACUUGGUGCGGUAAGAAUAGCGCGCUGCCGUCGCGCAGUAUUUCACGGGCUAUAUGCGUCUGCGAGGCUGUGAGCUGGCCGCGUCGCCUCCCGCUUCUAAUAAUAGGCGGCAGCAGCGCGCUCGCUCGGUGCGGUGCGGUGUGGCGGCCUGCAGUGGGACAGGGCGUCCGGGCUCCAUUAUGAAAUUGCUGUUAGGUAUUUUCUCAAGGAAGUCUGGCGCGGAAGCAAGUCUCCAGGGGAAUUCUGUGUCAGUCACCUAUGAAGCUCCUGGUUUUAAAGUUGUGCUUCUGCAAUGAAGAAAAGGAGACGGCUCGCUGCAAAUGUAAACGAAAAGGUUCGCCUUGGCCAUGAGAAAGUUGCUUCGGAUCAGAUUCUUGUAGUAGACUGUGCCCAGGAAAUUGUCUCCAAGUCUGCAGAAAUAGCUCCUGCAGAUCAGCUUGAAUCUGCCCCAGAACUUUCACCCUCAUCGGAACAAAGGAAGCUCCUAAGCUCUUUACAGUACAACAAAAACCUGCUCAAGUACCUAAAUGACGAUAGACAGAAGCGUCCGUCAUUUUGUGAUUUACUCAUAAUCGUAGAAGGAAAAGAAUUUAGUGCUCACAAAGUUGUAGUGGCUGUUGGGAGUAGUUAUUUUCACGCCUGUUUAAGCAAAAAUCCAAGCACUGACGUCGUCACGUUAGAUCACGUAACUCAUUCUGUCUUUCAGCAUUUGUUGGAGUUUCUGUACACCUCUGAGUUCUUUGUAUAUAAAAAUGAAAUUCCACUGGUGCUGGAAGCGGCAAAAUUUUUAGAUAUUAUAGAUGCAGUGAAGUUACUGAAUAAUGAAAGUGUUUCUAGCAUACAGUCCGAUGUGGUAACUGACACACCUACACCUGUAGAAACGCUAAACGAGCUGACCGGUAAACUGUUGAAUAGUCAUCAGUGCACUUUCUGUGGUCGAAGUUUUUGUUACAAGAAGUCUUUAGAAAAUCAUUUGGCUAAAGCCCACAGAUCCCUUUCACUGGAGAGAAAACAUGGGCUAAAAAUGGUUGAGAAAGCAGGCUUUUCCACUCGACGGUCCACGAGAAACCGUAAGUGUCCGGUUAAAUUUGAUGAGAGCGAUAGUGAAAGUGAUGAUGCAUCUGACAGCAAUUUGGAAAAAGUCAGUUCUGACAAGGAAACAUCUGAUAGAAGUGAGUUUGAAGACAGUGGAAGUGAAUGCAAUGCUGAUGAAGAAGGACAGGAGGAAGAAAUGUCGGGUGAAGAUUCAGACACUGAAGAGCAAAGUGAAAAAGAACAUGAUACUGAGGAGGGUUCUGAGGUAGCUGAUUCCGUGGGAAGUAUUCCUGAAGGCUUAGCUCCGGUCAUCAUUCAGAGCAGUAACAAAAAACUGCUGCAGUGUCCCAAGUGUGACAAAAAGUUUGAUCGAAUAGGCAAAUAUGAGAGCCAUACUCGUGUACACACGGGUGAGAAGCCUUUUGAGUGUGAUAUAUGUCAUCAACGCUAUUCAACGAAGUCCAACCUGACGGUGCACAGAAAGAAACACUCUAGUGAUACAGACUUUCAUAAAAAGGAGCACAAGUGUCCAUACUGCAAUAAGCUGCAUGCAAGCAAGAAGACGUUAGCAAAGCACGUGAAGAGGUUUCAUCCAGAGAAUGUGCAAGAAUUUCUUUCUAUUAAAAAGACUAAGAGUGAAGGUUGGAAAUGCGAUGUAAGUAGUACUUCAGUAGUUCUGAUUUUUUCAUAUAGGUACUAAGCUGUUUUGUGACCUGAAUGCUGAAGUGAAAAUAAGGUAUAUUUUUCUCUGAAAUUUCAGCAAGCUUGAUAAGUAUACAUUUCUUCUUUAUGUGUGGAUUUAAAGGCUGAAUUUUGUUCUUUGUGUUCAGUUUGUGACUAAGUAGAGCACCAAGCUGAAUUCUAAAAUAGUUUGAAGGGCCUGUUUUUCAUGUGGUUAGCUAUUACUUUUAUUGAAGUACAUCAAUUUGCGGAUGAUUAAACUUGAGAGUUAUGAAUACUUAAACAAUGGAGUAUUUGUUCUUCUGUUAAUUACACAAUUCAAGCACUGACCUUAAAGUAUAUGUUUUCGGAAGGCUUUGAAGGUGUACGUUUAAGUAUGAGAUGUUUUUUCAUUUAGCUGCAUAUGCAUGUCAAGAGAACUGUAAAUUUGUGUGAAAUCUAUUUCUAGAUUUAGAAUCAUAGAAUACUUUCCAUCAUUUUCUGCAAAAGUGUGUGUAUGUGAAAUUAGAUCUACUGUAAAAAGAAAAGUACAGAAUUUCCAUUCAUUCUCUGUCUGCUGCCAGAUGACGUUUUAAGGUUUUAAAUGUGGUUUUCUGUUUUUAAGGUAAUCAGUAUGCGUUUAUUUUUAGUCAGGACAGUUGUUUUUGUUUAGCUAACUGCUGUAAGCAUCUAUAUGUCUAAUACUAGGUGCUGUAACAUGAUAUAAUUACUAGUCUCACUUUGUUUAUGAACUUUGGCUUGUAAACAUACAGGAGAAGGUGGGGAGAUAUCAACUGUAGGGAUCAGUAGUGUUCAUUCUGCUGGUGACUGCAGCAUGGUUUGGAGGUAUUGCAUGGCUGCCUGAGGCUGUACUCUUCCAGACGAAGUUAUGUUGUAUGAACAUAUUACAGAUUCCAUUUGCUCCUAAAUAAGAAACGUUUUAAGAACAGGAAUUAAUCGUACAGCUGUGUACAGGAGAUGACUGUCUAUCUCUGUUCUGCCCUCGUGAGCCCUCAUCUGGAGUACUAUGGGGUCUGGGGCCCCCAGUACAGGAAAGAUGUGGCACUAUUGGAGAGUGUCCAGCGGAGGGCCAAGGAGAUGAUCAGAGGGCUGGAGCACCUCUCCUGCAAUGACAGGCUGACGGAACUGGGUUUGUUCUGCCUGGAGAAGAGAAUGCUGUGAGGAGAUCUCAUUGCUGCCUUCCAGUAUUUACAAGGGGAUCAUAAGAAGAAGGGAAGUCAACUUUUUACUAGGGUAGACAGUGAUAGGACAAGGGGGCAUGGUUUUAAGCUCAGGGAGGGAAGGUUCAGAUUAGAUGUUGGGGAAGUUCUUUACUAUGAGAGUGGUGAGGUGCUGGAACAGGCUGCCCAGAGAGGCUGUGAAUG